AUGAGUUUUGACGUAUCUAGUACAUCAGAUUCAUCUGUACCUGAUCCGUCUUCACCAUCAACAAUUAAUGAUAAUCAAGAUAAUAGAAAAAAUACAAAUUUUAUUAAAAGUACUCCAAAAAGAUCUCGAAAAAAACCAUUAAUUGAACCUGAUCAUGAAAACUAUGAACCACCAUCAUUAACAAUUUAUUGCAAUGCGAUCGUUCAAGGUUUACAGUCUCGAGAAUCUUUUCCAGCUAUUCAACAAGAAUUUUUACGACAAACAUGUGCUCAUUUUAUGCAACAGUAUCCUGAUUGUAUUUCAUGA